GUCUCCACUGAGCUAAAUUCUCUUUUCUCUCUCAAUCAAUUCUCUCUCAACUCCCGUCGUUCCUUCUAAGAUCUUCUCAAUCGCUACACCUUUGCGAACAGCCAGAUGCUACUUCACUUGAUCCGUCGUCGUGUCUCUCCCUCAUUUCAACACCAACCCUCAAAGCUCUCACCUUUACGAUUAUUAUUCUCCACAACUGUCUCACCCGCCGAGAGACUAUACAACCAUCUUCAAUCAUCCACGAGCAACCUCGAGACAGAACUAACCUCUUUGAAGGCCAAACUCGACGCGUCUUGUAUCAACGAGGUAUUAACAAGAUGCCGACCAAACCAAUUUAAGUUAGGUCUUAGGUUUUUCAUAUGGGCAGGAACUCAAUCCGGACACAGACACAGUCCUUACAUGUAUUCCAAAGCUUGCGACUUUCUUAAAAUUAGAGCUAACCCAGAUCUGAUUAAGAACGUUGUUGAAGCCUAUAAGAAAGAUGAAUGCUUUGUUAGUGUUAAGACGAUGAGGAUCGUUCUGUCUCUUUGUAGCCAAGCGAAGCUCGCUGAUGAGGCGUUGUGGGUGUUGCGGAAGUUCCCUGAGUUCGAGUUAUGUGCAGACACCGUUGCGUAUAAUGUAGUGAUUAGGUUGUUUGCUGAUAAGGGAGAUCUGAGUAUGGGUAUGAAGUUGAUGGAAGAGAUGGAAAGUGUUGAUCUUUGUCCUGAUGUGAUGACUUAUACGUCUUUGAUCAAUGGGUUUUGCAAUGCGGGUAAGGUUGAGGAAGCGUGGAAGCUGGCUAAGGGGAUGAGUAAGAACGGAUGCGUGCUUAACACCGUGACGUAUUCGAGGAUUCUGGAAGGAGUUUGCAAGUGUGGUGAGAUGGAGAGGGCGUUAGAGUUGUUGACAGAGAUGGAGAAAGAAGAAGAUGGUGGUGGGUUUAUUAGUCCUAAUGCGGUUACUUAUACUUUGGUGAUUCAAGCUUUUGUUGAGAAGAAGCGGGUUCGAGAUGCGUUGAUGGUAUUGGAUAGAAUGGGAGAUCGAGGAUGCUCGCCGAAUCGUGUUACCGCUAGUGUUUUGAUCCAAGGGGUUUUGGAGGAUGGUGAGGAUGUUAAGAGUUUAGGUAAGUUGGUCGAUAAGUUGGUGAAGCUAGGUGGUGUUUCUCUUUCUGAAUGUUUUAGUUCUGCUACUGUGUCGCUGAUUCGUUUGAAGAGAUGGGAAGAGGCGGAGAAGAUGUUCCGUUUGAUGUUGGUUCGUGGGAUUAGACCUGAUGGUCUAGCGUGCAGUCUUGUCCUCAGGGAGCUGUGUUUGUUGCAAAGGUAUCAUGAUUGUUUCCUUCUGUAUGAGGAGAUUGAGAAGGCGGAUGUGGUGUCAACGAUAGACACGGAUAUACACUCUGUUCUUUUGCUUGGUCUAUGCGAUCAGGGGCGGUCUUGGGAAGCUGCAAAGCUUGCGAAAUCGAUGCUUGGUAAGAAAAUGAGGUUGAAAGUUUCUCAGGUUGAGAAAAUCGUUGAAGCUUUGAAGAAGACUGGUGAUGAAGAUCUCAUGCGUCGUCUCUCUACCAGUUAAUUCCAUUGUUUUAGAUAGGUAUGUAUAUAUAUAUCUAGAUGAGUAAGGAUUCUUGUUCUGUAUUUACUUGCUGCGAAUGCGAAUGGAGGGGAGGCUUCCACUUGUAGGAUCAGAUUCUAGUUUUUCCCUACUGUACUGUCCUUACACUCUGCAGCUGAAGCAUUCAGUUAAUGGGGAAAAUUGGUUCAAACUGAAGUUAGAAAUGGAAGGCAGCAAGUCUCUCGGCCUUGUGGUUGUGCACUUCUCUUUUUGGUUUUCUUGUUAAAGGGAUAACCAUCACAAACAUUUGUACUUCGCUUUUCUUUUGUUGUGUUUUGCCACACUAAUAAAUGGAUCUGAGGUUUUUGAUAGAAUGAAUAUAUGUUCUUUAACUUGUUA